AAUGAAAAUCCCUAAUUAGUGGAAUUUUCUUUAGAACUAUGAAAUGCUUUGUUUCUCUCGAGAGUAGCUAGAUUGGGAAAAUGCUAAAACCAUUAGCUUCUAUGCGAUCUGCAAAAGUUAGGUUUAAAGAUCAAGCAUCAUGAGGACAACCUAAAAUUUUUGAAGACUCAAACAAACAACUUAGGAUGAAUCCAUUUUUGAUAUGCAAGGAAAAGGCCAAUGACAACUGUUGUAUUUUCAUCUGAUUCCCUUUUCGCCUUCCAUAUACUUGGAAUUGUUGCACUUGUGGGCAAUCAAAGUUCCAUCUACAAUCUGUCUGCUAUAUACAAAAGCUCCCUGCACCUUGGAGAUACAUUUCCUAGCACCUUUUCUGACAGAGAGCAUGGUCUGCAACCUUUCAUGGAUGCUGAGGUAAGGGACUGGAUUGGAAACAUGGGGAAGAGGAAGUCAAGGGCAAAGCCACCUCCUAAGAAGCAGAUGGACAAGCUUGAUACUGUCUUUAGUUGCCCCUUCUGCAACCAUGGAACCAGUUUUGAGUGCCGCAUAGAUAUGAAGAAUUUGAUUCGUGAAGCCACAUGCAGGAUUCGCCAAGAAAAUUUUAGCACUACAAUCACCGGAAUGGAAUUGAUUGCUUAUGUUCAACAGCCAGAGUAUAAUAGGAUUGACUUAGCUAGUACAGGAGCUCUAGAGGGCUCGAGCUCAGGUUGGUUUGUUGAAUUUGGAAAGUUAAGAAGUGGGUUGAUCCAAAAUGUGGACAAUCGACCGGGCGGAUUAGGCAUCCAGAUUCACUAUUAAGAGCAGUGUUGUCAUCAAAUCUCUUG